AUCGAACACCACAAGUUUUCAGCCCACUCGUGUUUGUGUGUGUGUGUGUGCUCUUUUGAAUUAGUCGCCUUUUCGAGUGUUCUCAGAAAAUGGCGCGGGCAUCUCAAUCCGCUGCAGCACGAGCGACGAGCGAUGCCGCCAAGCGUCCUGCGCCGACCCAAGCCCAAGGUGCCCAAAGUGCUCAUCCAGGGCUGAUGACUGUGGUCGCUCUCGCUGUGGUUGCGGCCGCGGUUGCUGCUGCCGCCUGGAUGGCUGGAUUGCCUGCGCAGAGCGGAUUCGCGUCGUCCACCAACGCAGCCAGCUCAGACCGUACAGACGCGCCAGUGGCGGGCGAUCCGAGUGCAGAUACAUUGCUGGCAUCGUCUACGAUUGCAUUGCCGUGGACCGUGCACAAUGUUGCCUGCGUGGACGAGUACAAGCCAGCCGUUCCGGGCUGCACACCCGCCAAGUGCGCCCGAAUCAUCACUGACGAGCUGUGCUCUGCCGACGAGGCGAUUCGACUGCGUAGUAUGGCUUCUCGUGUUAUGGCCCUUGGAGGCGGUGGAGGCGCACCAACGAUUCUCGAUCUGCAUACAGGCGCCUUGUCGAAAGGCUCGCGGUUUGUGAACGUGUAUGCAUCCUUGACUGCACCGCGUCGCGCGCAGCUCUUCCCGCGGCAAGACCUUGCCUUGUAUACCGAGAUCAAGGACCGUAUUCGCGCAGCCAUCAUGAAGGAGUUUGGGUUGCAGCAGCUGUUCCUGACAAAGCCAACGUUCUUCUCCCGCAUCGAUGGCUCCAAGACGGCGGCGACGCUGAACGACGAGUACUGGCACGUCCACGUCGACCGAACGACGUAUGGCUCGUUUGUUUACACAUCCUUGUUGUAUCUCUCCGACUUUGGUGUCGACUUUGAGGGCGGCGAGUUUGCGUUUGUUGCCGAGCAGGACGGAACUCCGCUCAAACACGAGCAAGCCUUGUCCGAUGACGACGGCGGUUUGGUGACUUCCGCGCUCAUCCAACCCAGGCUAGGGCGAGUGUCGAUGUUUACGUCCGGGCCCGAGAAUCCCCACCACAUUCGCAAGGUGACCAAGGGCAUUCGGUUUGCGCUGACCGUGUCGUUCACCUGCGACCCGACCGCCGCCAUUGCCGACCCAUCACCCAGCCUGCUGCGAUUGCAGACAUUUUGAUUUGUUAUGAUGAUGGAUGGCGAGCUGCUUGGUCACCUGUGCCUAUGGUUCCUCUGUUGUGCGAUUUCCAUACGAUGAAGCAACGCCCAUGAUGUUCUUGUGCGCACGCGUAAUACAACUCAUCCAUGCCCCA